AUGGCUGCUGCUCUCUUCUCCAGCUCUGCCCGCGUUGCUCUCCGCUCGGGAGCUUCGGCUUCCUUCAAGUCUGGCGCUGCGGGCAUGACCUUUGCCCGCGGCAAAGCUACUCUGCCCGACCUCUCCUACGACUAUGGUGCCCUUGAGCCGUCGAUCUCCGGCAAAAUCAUGGAGCUCCACCACAAGAACCAUCACAACACCUAUGUCACCAACUACAACAACGCUAUUGAGCAGCUCCAAGAGGCUCAGCACAAGGGCGAUAUCUCUGCCCAGAUCGCUCUGAAGCCCGCCAUCAACUUCAACGGUGGUGGUCACCUCAACCACACCCUCUUCUGGGAGAACCUUGCUCCCAAGAGCGCCGGUGGUGGUGAGGCACCCUCUGGUGCCCUGGCCCAGGCCAUCGACAGCACCUAUGGUAGUCUCAGCGAGUUCCAGAACAAGAUGAACACUGCUCUCGCCGGAAUCCAGGGCAGUGGCUGGGCUUGGCUCGUCAAGGACCAGCAGACCGGCCAGAUCAGCAUCCGCACCUACGCCAACCAGGACCCGGUUGUUGGCCAGUACCAGCCCCUUCUGGGUAUUGACGCCUGGGAGCACGCCUACUACCUCGACUACCAGAACCGCAAGGCCGAGUACUUCAAGGCCAUCUGGGAGGUUAUCAACUGGAAGGCCGCCGAGAAGCGCUUCGCUUAA